AUGUCGUCGAUUUCUUCCUUACUUUCUCCGUCUUUAUUCCUGACAUACAUUCAUGACUAUAUAUAUCUCCAUCUCUCUCAUUCUCCCCUCUCUUUCUCGCUCUCACGCUAUCUCUCUCACUCACACGCUCUCUCUUUCUCUUUCCCAUUCUCUCUCUCUCUUGCUCUCUUUUUCUCUCUCUCACUCUCACAAUCUCUCUCCUUCACUUGCUCCCUCCCACACUCUCUCUUAGGCUGUCUCUCUCUCGCUCUAUAUCUCGCUCUCUUUUUCGUUCUCUCUCUCACUCUAUCUCCCUUGCUCCCUCUCUCACUCUUUCUUAUGCUGUCUCUCUUUUGCUCUAUUUCUCGCUCUCUUUUUAGUUCUCUCUCUCACUCUCACGCUCUUUCUCCCUCUCUCUCUCUCCCUUGCUCCCUCUCUCACUCUCUCUUAUGCUGUCUCUCUCUCGAUCUAUAUCUCGCUCUCUUUUUCGUCCUCUCUCUCUCACUCUCACGCUCUUUCUCCCUCUCUCUCUCUUGCUCCCUCGCUCUUAUGCUGUCUCUGUCUCUCAGUCUAUAUCUCGCUCUCUUCGUUCUCUCUCUCACUCUCACGCUCUUUCUCACUCUCUCUCCCUUGCUCCCUCUCUCACUCUCUCUUAUGCUGUCUCUCUCUCUCUCGCCCUAUAUCUCGCUCUCUUUUUCGUUCUCUCUCUCACUCUCACGCUCUUUCUCCCUCUCUCUCUCCCUUGCUCCCUCUCUCUUAUACUGUCUCUCUCUCGCUCUAUAUCUCGCUCUCUUUUUCGCACUCUCUUGUUCUCUCACUCGCUCUUUCUCUUUCGCUCUCUCUUUCGCUCAUUCUCUCUUGUUCUCUCUUUCUCUUCCUCUCUUUCUCACUCUCGCGCUCUCUCUCCCCAAUCGCUCUCCCCUCUAUCUCUUUUUCUCUCUUUUCCUCUCUCUCUAUCCCUAUCUCUCUUUCUCUCUCUCUCACCCUCGGCCUCUCUCUCUCUGUCUUGCUCUAUUUUUCGCUCUCUCUUGUACUCACACUCGCUCUUUUUCUUUCGUUCUCUCUCUCUCUCUCUCGAUCACCCUCUUUCGUUUUCUCUUACGCUCUCUCUCUUACUCUCUCUCUUAUUCGCUCUAA